ACGAGACAACUCUACUGUCCGAGAGCAACUGUCAAAACGCAGCUGCUGCAAACAAACGCCGAUGCCGCUGUCAUUUCUACCGCUCUUUUGCGAGGUUAAAACAAACUUGCCGCUCGCAAAAAAAGUACAGUGCUAACAGAUUCGAUAUUUAAUUUAUAAAAAGAAUACACAUUUAAAAAGAGUAAAACAGGGCAAUGGAUAGCUUCAGUUUCGCCAGCAUGUCCGCACAGGUUAGCGAGGAGCAGUGCAUUUCAUUUCAGGAUAAAGCUGAAACUUGGGACGAUGCCGAGCAAGUCAAGGCUGUUGUGGAUGCCCUGAACGGGGCGACGACAGUGCACGCCCUCAAUCUCGAUGGCAACACGCUUGGCGUGGAGGCAGCACAAGCCAUUGGCGAAGCCCUGAAACGGCAUCCGGAGUUUCGCAAGGCGCUGUGGAAGAAUCUAUUUACGCGACGCCUCAAGUCCGAAAUACCGUUGGCACUGAAACAUCUCGGCGCUGGCCUGAUAGCUGCUGGUGCCAAGCUGACUGUACUCGAUCUCAGUGAUAAUGCUCUGGGUCCCAAUGGCAUGACAGGAUUGGAGGAGUUCCUACGCUCACCCGUCUGCUACUCAUUGCAGGAGCUCUAUCUGAACAACUGCGGCUUGGGUCCCGAGGGUGGACGUAUGCUGUCCGUGGCGCUGAUCGAUCUGUACGAGAAUGCCAAGGCAGCGGGCAAACCACUACAACUGCGUAUCUUUGUCGCCGGCCGCAAUCGGCUGGAGAAUGAAGGUGCCAAGGCAUUGUCGAAGACAUUCAAACGUUUGCAAACCUUGGAGGAGAUAACCAUGCCACAGAAUUCCAUUUACCAUGUGGGCGUCGCCGAUCUGGCCGAGAGCUUCAAACUUAAUCCUCAUCUGCGCGUCCUCAACAUGAACGACAACACGCUGACCAUCAAAGGCGCCAGCAAAAUAGCCGAUGUCUUUGUCCACACGCCGCUCUUGCGGGAAAUCAAUUUUGGGGAUUGCUUGCUGAAAACUGAUGGCGCCUAUCUCUUUGCCGAGGCUCUUGAGAAAAAUCAUGAACAUCUGGAGGUGCUCGAUAUGGGCUUCAACGAUAUCAACUACGAUGGUGGCCUGGUGUUGGUGACAGCCAUGCAGAACAAGCCCAAGUUGCGCUCAUUAAAUUUAGACGGCAAUUGCUUUGGUCAUAGCGGUGUCGCACAGAUCAUUGCCGAAAUUACCAAAUUCAGGAAUCCAGCGGCAUUGCAGUCCAUGGACGAGGUUGUGUCUGAAGAGGAGGACGAGCCAAGCGGUGGUGAGGAUGAUGAUGACCAGACCGUCGAAAACACGGACGAUGAAUAUGCCGAAGAUGAGGAGGAUGAUGGCGAAUACGAUCCGAAUGAUACAACCGAGGAGGUAGACGAAGAAGAUGACGAAUAUGGCAACGAAAAUGCCGCCGAGGAGACAGCUUACGUGACAACCAAUCCCUUUCCGACCAAACUAUUGGACGACACCGUCAACUCCAACCUGGACAUGAACACUUUGAACAUAGCCAGCAAUGAGGACAAGUCGACGACGAACAAUAAGUGCACCACAGCUGAAUUCUGCCUGAGCCAAAAGCCGUGCACGCUGCAGCAAUUCGAUUCUCUCGAGGCGGAAAACAAGCUGCAGGCGCUGCAGAGCAUCAUCAAUCUAUUCAGCGAAGAUAAUCACUUGCUGCUGCUCAUCUUUACAACGCUUAAGUGUGCGCAUCUGUCAAAAACAUCUAAGGCGGCUCUGGAUCUGUCCGUUUCACUGCUUCAGUCCACCUUCGAGUAUGCCAUCAAGACGCAGCAGGAGUCGCGAGUGCUGGACUACUACCUCAAGCAGCUGGGCCUGCUGCGCAGCGAGGAGCACUUCAAGUCCGACUACGAUGUGAAGAGCUGUCGCUACGCUCUGCGCGAGGCGCUCUCCAAGCAGCAGUUCGCCAAUGAUAAUAUUAAAAAUACCUUUCAAAUAUUCCUCGAUCAGCUCGAUGUUUAAUGUUUCAUAUUUGAGCAUUCAAUUCAACUGUGAUGCGAUACAUUUAUAAUAUGCACACGGUUAAAAAAAUAUACGCGAAUGUUUCAAUAAAUAAAAUUACAGUACAAACUUAAAAUAAA